AUGACACCACUUGAAUGGUCAAAUUUAUCAAAAACUGCAACAUUUAUUCAACAUACUUUCGGUGCAUUACCUUUAAUUGGCUCAUCCAAUGAUGUCGGUGUUUUAUCUGUUGCUUCAAAAAGUUCAAGUUCAAAAUCAAAUACAUUACCAUCAUUAAACUCGAUUAAACAUUCUCGAUUAUCGACACCAUCAUUUUCUUCAAGUGAUGGAAAGGGUAAACGUCCAUUAUCCUAUUCUCCAAUGUCGGAUAAUUUAUUAUCUCGUUCGCAACAACAAUCAAUGGAAAUUAAUCUUAUUCCAACUAUUCAACGUUCAGAUAAUCGUAUAUCUAGAACAACUCUUCCACCAUUAAUAGAACCUAGUGAGAUACAAUGUCAAUGGUCUGGUUGUGAUCUUCUAUUUUCAACUCCAACACAAUUAACAGAACAUAUUCGAUCUGUUCAUAUUAAUCGAACUGAUUCUCAUACAUGGUUUUGUCAAUGGCAAACAUGUACUCGUGGUCGAAUACCAUUUAAAUCAUUAUAUUCAUUAUUUCUUCAUCUAAGAUCUCACACACAAGAUCGACCAUUUCAAUGUGUACAUACUGGUUGUAAAAAAACAUUUACACGAGCAGAAUAUUUACGUUUACAUGAACGUUCACAUACGGGUGAAAAACCAUAUCCAUGCGAUCAUCCUGAUUGUUCAAAAGCAUUUAGCAAUCCAUCUGAUCGAACGAAACAUGUUAAACGAACACAUUUAAAUAAAAAAGAAUAUAUAUGUAAAAUGCAAGGUUGUGGUAAAUCCUAUACAGAUCCAAGUUCAUUACGAAAACAUGUGAAAAAUAUUCAUGGUGAAGAAGCAUUCAAACAAAAGAAACAUAAACGUACAGAUGAUAAUUAUGAAACACAAUUCGAAGAAAGAAAAGAAAAUUUGUCUAAUAUAAAAUCGACUUGGAAUGUAAAUCCUUCGAAUGUAUUAAGUCAACAGCAAUCAAAUGUUUUUAUGGAAAAUAAUGAUAUUGAUGAUGAUGAAGAUAUUAUUGUUGAUCAAGGAAUUUCAUUGAAUAUUGAUACACUUGGUGAUAAUUUAGGAGAAUUAUCAGUUGGUACAAGUACGGCUUUACCAGUACAUCGAGUAUCAAUGACUAAUUCUUUACAACAAAUAACAAGAAAAGCAAUUCUACCAGCUAUACAUGUUACCGGAGUUUGUGAAACUGAUGAACAUGAAACAUUGUUAAAUAGUGCACAACAACAACAGCAUCAGGUUGCAUUUCGUUCAUCUCAUCCUCAUCAUCGUAUAAGUGCUCAAUCUAAUAGUACAGCAUACGGUAGUAUGAGAAGUGAUUCAAUGAAUAUUGAAAGCUCUCUAUUUCUUCCAAGUAAUCAUUCAAGUAUGAUUUCAUUGGCACAACAUCCAAGUACAUCACCAUAUGAAUAUGAUUGCAUAUCAACUGAAAAUAUUCGAUAUGAAACACGUAGUAAUAAUGCACUAACAAUUCCAUCAUUUCAAACUUCUCAUAGUCCUCUACGACGUUCAAAUGGUAGUACUGAACAACUUCUUACUUUACCACGUGUAAAUUCAUCAACAAGUCAUUUGAGUUCAAUAUUAACUAAUGAAUUAUCACCAUCAAGUAGUUUUUGUGUUAGUGCAUUAUCAGGUGAUAUUCAACAACGACCACCAAGUGCAAAUCCUAAAAUUGCACAUUUACUUUAUUUUCUUCAAACACUUGAAUAUAAUCAACAUCUAGAUAAUGAAGAUGUUUAA